AUGUCUUCGCUACUCUCGGGCUGGAACCCGAUUGUUUCCUUCCCGCAGUACAAUGGACCCUACGAUGUGGGCACUGUCGACGUCGAGAUACCUGCCGCAGACCUCCAUGCGCCCUCAGAGGCACCGGAAGGAGCAGCGCCUACCAUCGCGUUUCGCAUAUUCUACCCUUGCGUGAAACCAGGACCUGGCGCUACAGGCCGGCCAGUCCGAUGGAUCCCGCAGCCACAGCGAGCGACGAUACGCGCGUUCGCGAACUUUAUUGGAGUCAAGUCUCCGAGAAUCGCCAACCUCAUAUCUUGGAUGCCGCAGCAGCUGUAUUACAUUAACCUGCCGGCGCACCGCAACGCGAAGCUCCUGGACCCGCCGACCAGUCAUGGACGAUGGCCGGUGACAAUGUUCAGCCAUGGCCUUGCAGGCAGCAGGAAUGCGUACAGCUACGUGUGCGGAGAUUUGGCCAGUAAUGGCAUGAUUGUGAUAGCACUGGACCACAGAGAUGGAAGCAGCCCAAUACAAUACGUCCGGGAGACGGCCAGCACUGAAGCACACAUCGUGAAUCCGACUAAGAUCAGCCACGAGCCAAGCCCGGAAGUGUACGAAGCAAGAGAUAAGCAGCUGCGAAUACGGCUGUGGGAGAUCAGUAUGGCGUAUGAGGCGCUGGUAAAGAUUGACGCUGGCCAAAGACUGGAGAAUCUUGACAUAAACUCAAGCACAAAGCGAAAAGAGCGGGUCGAGGUGCUUUGGCAAUUCGACGGAAUGCUGGAUAUUCAUCGCGAGGGUAAAGUGACGUGGGCAGGACACUCUUUCGGCGCUGCCACGCAAGUGCAGCUGGUCAAGAGCAUUUACUACCACCCAACGCAUGCGGGCAAUGCUCUCAUAAAGCCAAACGCAGACGCAGCUGUGGCUUCGCAAAUCACGCCAGACUCGCCGAUGCUUCUGCUAGACAUGUGGGGACUGCCACUGAAGUCACCAGAUCAGGCAUACCUCUGGGACAAGCCACUCCCUUCAUAUGCAAUUGGCGGGCCGAAUGGAUCGAACGUCGUCUCGAUCCUGUCCGAAGCCUUUUUCAACUGGCAAGACAACACAAACAUCAAUAAACACAUUGUCGCGCCACCCUCACUGUCUAGGAGACCCUCGACGGCACCACGCUUGUCGAGAGCGCCAGGCAAAAUACUACCUGACUGGGCACGUCUUCGCGAUGAAUCCCCUUCAAGAGAUUCUGGAUAUGUGUCUCAGCGAUCACGGUCACCACUGCCACCACUAUCUCGAAAGCGCAGCAAAGCGAGUGGCCUCACCACACCCUCGAACGUAGCUUCAUCUCACAAAGACCGUGCCACCAGCACCAAGCUGAGUCUACAAGACAGCAACACGCAGCAAAGACGGGACGGCACGCAAAUGUGGUAUGUGCAGAAGAGCCAGCACUUCAACCAGUCGGACUUUGGCCUUCUGUUUCCAUGGAUAGCAAAGCGGAUUGCAAAAGCUGAGGAGCCAGAACGUGUCAUGGCAUUGAACAAUCGCGCGAUGGUGCAAGUACUGAGAGACUCGGGAAUCGAGGUUGCGGGAGAAUCGGACGAUGAGAUCCUCGACAAAGAAGCAGAAAUAAGACGCUGGAUCCGUGUCCCAGUGGACGACGAAGAACCCAGCAACGCUCAGGCGGCAGCAACUCUUACUAGGAAGUUGUCUGUCAUAUCAGCCACUGGAAGAAACAUCACAUCACCCCGAGACGGCAUGACGAUGGGUCAAAUGACAGAGGCUAAGCUAGCACAAAAGUCUCCAUCGAUAAAAGGAAUGGAGAAGGACCUACAACUAGAACCGUUAUAG